AUGUAUGCGAAAUUGGGACUAGUUAGUACUGAUGCCUGUGCUGCGUUUGAUAGCAUAAUUGCCAAAGGUGUUGUUUCGUGGAACGAGGUUAUUGCUGUGUUUUCUGAGAACAAGUUGAUGAGCGAUGCAUUCAGGCUAUUUAGGUUGAUGCAAGAGAUGUCUCCGAUUUAUAAUGCUCUGGUGAGCUUUUACUUGAGAGUUGGACUGAUAGAGCCAGCUGAGUUGCUGUUUUACAGGAUGGUAUGCAUCGAAUCGCAAGUGGCCAAACGCCUUGGGAGUGUUUGA